GAGGAAAAACAUGUUUUAUUAACCACGCGAACAGAAUUCUAGCAAAUCACCACAAACUCCUCUAGUCAACCACGAAGAGCCUCCGGCGACGCUGCGCGAACCACAAGAUACUCCGAUAACCCCGAGCGAGGUCACAACGAGCCAACCCCCUGUUCAGCGGGACCAUACUGCAACUUCAGUUUCACUCGGCACUGGUGAGGCGGUAGAAGAGGAAUGGGGAUGAAGCAAAUUUAAGGGAAAGUUUGUUCCUUUUGUCAAUUUUUUUCCUAUACGCCACCGUGCUCUUCCAAUCAACAGGAAUAUGGAUGCACAAGCCAAGAAAAAGGCUUUGUUUCGUGCUAAAUUGAAUGCCCAGAAGAAGGAGAAGCGUAUAGAAUCUCCCCUUGUGAGGUAUAAUGAAUUUGAUCAACCUGUUUGCCGGGUUUGUGAUGUUGUUCUGAAGUCCGAGUCUUUAUGGGAUGCACACCAAGUUUCUCGUAAGCAUCGUGAGGCAAUAAGUAAUCUGAAAGCUAAUGCAGCUGGAUUAACUCAACAAAACAAUGCAAAGCCUGUUUCAGAUGCCAACAUUCCCAAGGCUAAACCAGAACAUCCUUUGGGAUCACAAUCGAAACUUCCAGAAAGUUCACGAGAAGUGUCUAAACCUCAAUCUUCGUCAGUGCUUCCACCAGGUUUUUUUGAUGACAAUGAUUCGGGAAAGAAAAGUUCUGACCAUUUAGCAGACUCUGAUUUAGGUAGAAAACCUGCGGUUUCUGCUCAAAAUCAGGCGUUAAACUUCAAGAAGGAGAAAGGUCAUUUUCAUGACAAUAGUGCUGCAGAGUCAAAUGUUAGCGAGGCCUCAACGGAGAGUAAGCAGACCUCAGUUAAUAGUACUGAUACAGAGAUCAAGCAAGUAAAAGGGAGUCUGCCUGAAGGAUUUUUUGACAAUAAGGAAGCUGAUUUGCGUGCCCGUGGCAUAAAGCUUGUAAAGCCAGAUGUCAAAGACGAGUACAAGGAAUUUGAGAAGUUGAUUCAAGAAGAUUUGCAGGAGGUUGACAACAGGUUGGAGGAAGAAGAGAUUGAUGCAGCCGAAAUGAUAGAGGAAGCUGAAUCUGUAGAGCAGAAGAUCUUCAGGGAGAAAGUGGAAAUGUUGAAGAAGAGGAGAUUGGAUCUAAAAGCUGCUAAUGCUGCAAAGCGUAAUAAAUCAUCUGAGGUUGUAGCCAAGGAAUCUACACACGAAGAGUCAUCCAGUGAUGAUGAAAGUGAAGAAAAUUUUGCCGUGGAUUGGAGAGCACAACACUUGUGAUAUGUGAAUACUGUGCUAAUUUUUUUCUUCUGUUUCUUGAAUUCAUGACUUUAUAUAAUACCAAAUAUCAGAUUUUGGACAUAAAAUGAUAGAGAGUUUGGGCUGAGUUAUGG